AUGGCUCAAACUAAGAGGUCUAGGGACGAGUCCGAGAAGGAAGAAGUGGUUGUUAAGGCCGAUGUUGAGAGUUCCGAUGUUGAUCAUAGUUUCAAGUCCUUGAACUUAUCUCAGCCUACCAUGCGUGCUAUUGAAAAGAUGGGGUUCAGCAAGAUGACGCCGGUUCAGGCCAGAACUAUUCCACCAUUGAUGGCUGGUAGAGAUGUUUUGGGUGCUGCCAAGACUGGUUCUGGUAAGACACUAGCGUUCUUGCUUCCAACUAUCGAGCUUUUGCACUCUUUGAAAUUCAAGCCAAGAAAUGGUACUGGUGUUAUCAUUAUCACCCCAACUAGAGAACUAGCUUUGCAAAUCUUUGGUGUUGUUAGAGAACUAAUGGAAUUCCAUUCCCAAACUUUUGGUAUUGUAAUUGGUGGUGCUAACAGAAGACAAGAAGCGGAAAAGUUGAUGAAAGGUGUGAACUUGUUGGUCGCAACUCCGGGUAGAUUAUUGGAUCAUUUACAAAACACCAAAGGUUUUAUUUUCAAAAACUUGAAAGCUUUGGUUAUUGAUGAAGCUGAUAGAAUUCUAGAAAUUGGUUUCGAGGAUGAAAUGAGACAAAUUAUCAAGAUUUUGCCAAACGAGGAUAGACAGAGUAUGUUAUUCUCUGCUACACAAACCACCAAGGUUGAAGAUUUGAGUAGAAUAUCUCUGAGACCAGGUCCAUUGUUUAUCAACGUGGUUUCGGAGCACGAUUCCUCUACCGCCGACGGUCUUGAGCAAGGUUACGUUGUAUGUGAAAGUGACAAGAGAUUCCUACUGUUGUUCUCAUUUUUGAAAAGGAACCAAAAGAAGAAGAUCAUUGUCUUUCUAUCAUCUUGUAACUCAGUCAAAUACUAUGCUGAAUUGCUAAAUUAUAUUGAUUUGCCUGUCCUUGAACUUCACGGUAAGCAAAAACAACAAAAGAGAACAAACACAUUCUUUGAAUUCUGUAACGCAGAGAGAGGUAUACUAAUUUGUACAGAUGUGGCUGCUAGAGGGUUGGAUAUUCCAGCCGUUGACUGGAUUAUUCAAUUUGAUCCUCCUGAUGAUCCAAGAGAUUACAUUCACAGAGUUGGUAGAACCGCUAGAGGUACAAAUGGUAAAGGUAAAUCACUUAUGUUUUUGAUUCCAAAUGAAUUGGGCUUCCUAAGAUACUUGAAGGCUGCUAAGGUUCCUUUAAAUGAAUAUGAAUUUCCAACGAACAAGAUUGCCAACGUUCAAUCUCAACUGGAGAAACUUAUAAAAUCAAACUAUUAUUUGCAUCAAACUGCUAAGGAUGGUUAUAGAUCUUAUCUACAGGCAUACGCAUCCCACUCUCUAAAAACCGUAUACCAAAUUGAUAAACUAGACCUUGCAAAGGUAGCCAAAUCAUAUGGUUUCCCAGUUCCUCCAAAAGUUAAUAUAACAAUUGGUGCAAGCGGUAAAACGCCGACAGUAGUCAAGAAGAGAAAAACUCAUAAGCAUUGA